UCGCAUCAGAUACCAUAAACCUUUUCCAGCAAGAGCCUCCUGAGAAUGUAGACGAUUGCAUGGACUGGGAAGCUUCAGACAGCCUUCCUGCGAGACUUCAACUCCACCGAGCCAAAUGACUCGAUGGAACGAGACUGAACUUCUCGAAGCCUCGAAGAGGAAGACUCGUCUCUUCGGCAUGAACGGCAUCAUGGUGGUAUGGUGGAUGCACUACCUACAACUCCGCCCCGGGUGGCCGAUUGUGGUCAAAGAUAUCCACCCAGCCCUCCUCCAAUCAACCGUCGACGAUCCCACCACCAAAAUGGUGGGACAAUGCUUUCCCCUCAACCAUCUCUUAACCUUUGGUAAUCAUUUCGCAACCUCCACUGAUCAAGUGGGAUUUGCUCUCUGUCUCGCAACACGCUCGUGUCGUCCGCCAAAUCGAACUCCUCGACAGGCACCUGUGGCAGAUCACUACGAGCACCAGACUUCUGAGAGGAGCCCUUUGUUUUCGAGCAUGCUUUUUGAACAUUACCUUUGUCGUGGAAGCAUUCGGUUAUUCUAUGUAAGAUCUUACUCGUACUGAUCAUGAUGUGCUGCGGCACACGAACUUGUUGGAUUUCUUUCAUUGAGCACGCCCCGGCUUUAGGCAUAGGGCUCGUUGUAUUAUCUUGAGUAACAGAGGGAAGAUGGAUUAUUUGAUUGCAAACGCGCUUGCUGUAUGAGCUGGGCGCGUUUCAGUAUUACUAGAAUUUGAGAAGGGUUUUCUUGGCACGGGAGGCAUCACGAGAGAAGUAGGAACGCACUGUGGAUACUUUAGCUAAGCAGCGCGGGUGCUUCGGGAAAAUGCAAACUUUAGGUAGAAAAGAGCGCACAAGCAACAUGCAAUAAAGUUAUGUACCUAG